UGCAGACAGCCAAACUAAAACUUCUCAUCAGAUGAAGCAAAGUAAACAUGGUGAUGCUGCUAGUGCUGGGGAAAAGCUACCUCAGCCUAUCGACGCUGGUGUGCAUGUAAAAGUGGAAAACCACCAGGUCGAGGUGAUUGAUCUAAGCGACGAUGAAAUAGACGAUGCAGCUAUUGCAACGAGCCACCAAACAUCAGCAGAUCAUGAUUCCUCCAUAUGGUAUUGCAUUAGUCCACAAGGUAACACUAAGGGUCCUUACUCGAUGCAAUUGCUUAAACAAUGGAGCGCGUCGAGCAGGAGCCAUUGCGAGUUACACUUCAAAGUUUACAAGAGUGGUCAGAGACCGGAAGAGGCACUCCUUCUCGUCGAUGCUUUUCGGCAUAAUUUCAACUGAAAAUGAAAGGAAUCUC